AUGAAAAAUUCCAGCUCAAAGAAAAAGCCCAAUACAACCAAUGAUGAAGCAAGUAGAUUAUCCAAACAGCUAGAUAGAGCAGAUUCAUCGUCUCACGCUCAAAUAAGCUCGGACCAAAGUGAAGGAUGGGAGUUAAUAUGGGAAGGUGUAUCCCAAAACUUUUACUUCCGUGACCACUACACGGGUGCUAUUCAAUCAGGAAUCAUUCGAGUCCCAGAGCUCGAAGUCGAUCCCACCAUCUCAACCUCACAACCUCCAGAAAAUGAGAUUCGGAUUAAUUCUCUCCCCAUACGAAACUCGCCUAAUCAAACUCAGAUGCAAGAUGCACUCGAGGUAGCUUUAAUAAACGAUUAUAAAUCCGCAAUUCCGCAACUUCUAGAAUACAGCAUAGACUUAAUCACUAUAUUUUCCAGCGACGCUAAAACUCAAACACCACUAGAAUGGGCUACCGAGCAUGAAGAUCUUGAUUUAGUGGAAUUAUUCCUGAGUAAGGGGGCUGAUGUAAAUUUUACGUCCGCUACCUUCACCAGAAAUCCAGCAUUAAUAAAAGCCGUGGAGAAAGCAAACCAAAGAUUGGUCAAAAUAUUAGUACCCAAAACAAACUGA